UACCCCCAGACUUCCUUCCCUCGCACGACGAUUUCUUAUCGCUUUCUUUUCCUCGUGCCGCCUCGUCGGACUAAGAUACAAAUAUCGAUUUCUUGCGUGGGGUGGGAUCUCGAUCGUGCGGCGGGGAGAAGAUAAGAACAAAAGGAAGAAGAGCACAGGUCGACGCCUGCUUGCCGCUGGAUCGAUCUCAUGCAUCCGGAGCGGCGAAUUGAUGGUUCGAGUUCUUCAUUGGCUAUAAGAAGAAAAAGGUCACCUUGCCAACGAGAUGAUGAUUCUCACGAUAGCAAAAGAAGAGGGUCUUCAGCGACGGAACUCGCAGUCCCAGAGGACAUUUGGUGUCAUAUUCAUUCCCUAAUGACGCUACGAGAUGCUGCCCGUGCUGCCUGCGUAUCUCAUGCCUUUCGAUAUUCUUGGAAAUGCUAUCCCAACCUCGUAUUUAAUACUCGAACAGUAGUGUUGCGGGAUGGCAUGGAUUUCGCCUGCAGAGUUGAUCACAUUUUGAAAAAACACUCAGGCAUUGGCGUGAAGACAUUCGAGCUUAAUUUCCCCUGUUUCUACAAGUCCGAUGCCUAUAAAUAUCUCCACAGGUGGCUCGCGAUAGUGGUUAAACCUGGCAUUGAGAAACUUACCCUUGCGAUUCCUGAGAUAGAGGAAGUCAACUUCCCAUGCCAAGUUCUAUCUGAUGCGAAUGGAAGCUCGAUGUGGUAUCUUCACCUUGCUUACUGUGCCUUUCGUCCUACAGUCAGACUUGGUUGCUUGAGAAACCUGACAGUGCUGUUUCUUGAUUGUGUGCGAAUUACGGGGGACGAGUUAGGGUACAUUGUCUCCAGCUGUGUUUCUUUGGAGCAUUUGGAACUCGGGGAAUGCCCCGAGAUAACUUACUUGAAGAUACCUUCCCAGCUGCAGCGGCUCAGUUCCGUGCAUGUGUUAGAAUGCCACAAACUGCGAACGAUAAAGACCGAAGCUCCAAAUAUUUGCAGGUUUCACUUUACUGCAUUUAACCAUGUAGAGUUCUCACUUGGAGAAUCAUUGCAACUAAAGAACCUAGAGAUGCUCUGUUGCCGCCUCCUCUAUUAUGCACUUGAAGAGCUACCAUCCAUUGCGCCGAAUCUUGAAACUUUCAGCAUAUUUUCAUGCGAUGAGGUGGUAAAUACAAGAAUGGCAUUGGUGCCUAGCAAGUUACUCCACCUGAAGUACCUGAGUAUUAGUAUUCGUGGAGAAUACGACUAUUUUUCUCUGGUUUCUUUUCUUGAUGCCGCUCCCUCCUUGGAGACGUUCACACUGAAUGUACAGAUAAAGUCAGAAUACAUCGAUGAAUUGCUUUCUGAAGAUCCCUCGCAUCUAAGGAAGAUGCCAGGAUACAGGCAUGACAAGCUCAAGACAGUGAAGAUCUCGCGGUUCUGCUCUUCAAAGAGCUUGGUUGAGCUGACAUGCCAUAUUGUUGAAAACUCAGCAUCACUGGAACGUCUUGCACUGGACACCACCGGUGGUGGUCUCCGGUGUUCUGACAGCUGGUCCCGUAAAUGCUCCUUCUUGCAUAGAGCCACGGAGGCCCAUACAGCGGUCUUGGUAAUCGGAAAAUACAUCGUGGGAAAAGUUCGCUCUAGAGUUAAGCUAGAUGUUGUGGAGCCUUGCAUCUGGUGCCAUACCCUUGACCCGUAGGCGCAUUAGUUGUCAAUGUGCAAACGGUACAUCUAGAAGUUUUGGGAGGACUGAAUGUUGCCCUUUUUUUUGUUGAAACUCGUGAGGGAACAUAUUAGCUUGACUUCUCGUUACUGCGGUGGCGUGUACUUGUGUGAUGUUGCAGCAAAGUCGAAGUCGUCAGGCCGUGAGCGCGGUUGGUAAUAUACGAUGACGCCGCUUUGAUCGCCGAUGUACCUUCUGUUUGUAUUGUGUUUGCUUCAAUAGGUGUGGUGUGUUCUUUGUACAGGUUUUCGCCCGGGUUUCCUUCAAUAAACUGAGCAGU